AAUUUCAAUCCCUUUGUGGUGUCGGCACCGAGAGCUCAGUACAACUUUACACUCGAAGCGAAGCAGAACGCACACGUAUAGAAACUCUCUCUCCAAAUAUUUUGUAAGUUCUCAGAUUAUUCUGACAGUAAUCGAAGAAACAAAACAUGUCCAAGACUGAAGUCCACAAUCAAGGCCAGAUGGCGACGGCUGCUGCUUCGCGGGCUCCGCUCUGGCGCCCCGUGGUCCUACAUUAUCCGAAGAAGCUGCUGCCCCAUGGACAGAUGCGUCGUCGCGACUUGGCAUUUAGCUACCCGGCCGCCUACGAGUCCGCGAAGCUUCGCUGCGGCCUGGUCCAGCCCCAUGCCUUCGACCAUGACCGUCCAGGGCAAUACUGUCCGGAGUGUCAGUGCAACAAGGACCGCAGCCAUGGCGGGGGUGACAUGUCGGACAAUGUGUCCCAGUGCUCGCGCAUGUCCCGGGCCUCAAAGCGCUCCAUACGCUCCACAAAAUCAAAGCGCGGAAAUGGCAAGCACGAGGGCGACGGCGACGGCGACGGCGACGGCGAUAAUGUUUCUCAAGUCAGCCAUCGUAGCGAUAACUCGGUGAAGACUGUUGUAUCUACGGUCACAGUGAAGAGUGGCCACAGCAAGAGAUCCCCGUCCCAGGAGACCAUCAAGUCAAACGCCACAGUCAAGUCCAGUGCCACAGUCAAGUCGAGCGCUACUGCCAAGUCGAGUGCCAAUGAUGUCAAGCACAAGACAAACUCUGUCCAUGCCAAGCCAAGUCGUCACUCUCACAGUGAGAUAAUGCCCCAGUCCCAGUCCCAGUCGCAGUCCCAGACCCAGUCCCAGUCGCAGCAGAAGGACACACAGUUUGGCUACGAGAACUGCGCUCCCAUGACGAGCACGGAGCGCAAGGCUGCCAUCGAGGAGGCCCGCUUCAAGUACAACAAGCUGAUCGACGAGUACAACCACAUGCCCGUGUCCGUGCCCACGCUGCGCGUGCGCAAUCGCAAGAUUGAGAUCGAACGGCAGCUGGACGAGCUGGACUACAGCAUCAAUAUGUUCGAUCAGCCGAACAUCAAUGUCUACCUGCGUCGUUAGCUUUGCUCCUUCCAAAUUGAAUUAUGUUCCCAACAAACCACACAUACAAAUUCCAUAUCUAGAAGAUGAUUAAGAGGGCACUAAGGGCACUACACUGACAGGAAGCAAACAUAAAAUGCAUUACCAGAA